CUCUUCCAGUCCAGCGCCUAUAAAUCCCGGUGCCGGACUCCGAGCUCACAGACUAGGACACAGCCGCUGGUCACUGCACUGGGCAACCCAGCGCAGCUAACACUCCUAUACAAAUAUCCGAGCUACUACUCUUAGUACAAGCUACAGAGGCAGAUCGAAGCACAAAUUAAAGCUGCCUGUAGAUAGCAACCAUCAACAGUGACCGAUCGAAGUAGUAGUGAGCAACUGAGCAUCUAUCAGUCGAUCUAGCUACGUACAUAGAACACACAGCUGCAGCAGCUCGAUCUCUUCUUGCUGUCCCUGCGGUGGGUUUUGGAGUGUAAUCUGCUCGAGUAGCUAGCUAGCUGAAGAACCAUGGGCUGCGAGGAGGAAGAGAGGCUGCUGUUCCCGUCCUUCGUCUUCCCCGAGAGCUUCGCGGAGGCCGCCACCCCCGGCUCCGGUGGUGAGCAGAAGAAGGCUCGGCAGCGGCGGAGGCGGAAGCCGCGGCCGGCGGCGGAUGGCGGCGAGGGCGGGGACGAGCAGGCCAAGAAGCGGCGGCUGAGCGACGAGCAAGCGCGGUUCCUGGAGCUCAGCUUCAGGAAGGAGCGCAAGCUGGAGACGCCCCGCAAGGUGCAGCUGGCCGCCGAGCUGGGCCUCGACGCCAAGCAGGUGGCCGUCUGGUUCCAGAACCGCCGCGCCCGCCACAAGAGCAAGCUCAUGGAGGAGGAGUUCUCCAAGCUCCGCGCCGCGCACGACGCCGUCGUCCUCCAGAACUGCCACCUCGAGACCGAGCUGCUGAAGAUGAAGGACAGACUGGAGGAGGCGGAGGAGGAGAAGAGGAAGGUCAUCGCGGCUGCCGCGGCAGCCGGUGGUGGCGGCGGCGGAGCGGGCGCAGGAAGCAGCAGCCCGAGCUCGUCGUCGUUCUCGACGGUGACGCACAACCCGGCGGCGCUGGUGGGGCAGUUCGGGGUGGACCCGGAGGAGGCCGCCGCCGACCUCACCUACAUGAGCGAGUACGCCUACAACAGCUACAUGAACAUGAUGGACAUGGACCUCGCGCCCGGCGGCUACUUCGGAGGAGUAGUCUACGAUCACUUCAACUGAUCGACCGAUAUGAUGAGCAUGAACGAGGAAGGAUUGACCGGCUAUCAGCUAGGUAUUUUCGUGUUAAUGGAUGGAUGGAUCGAUCGAUUUGCAGGGCGCGCGUAGCAGUAGUUUCAAGCAAUCAAGUCACUAGUAUAAUCAGUACGACGUCUAUCAGUCAAUGUCCUGACGGUGAUUAAGUCUAUUCAGUAACUUGUUAAGCCAUGUAGAUUAGUAGCUGGUAAUCUUUGUAAAUCUGUGUGGAUUAUCAUGCAAGUGCAGCUUAUCAUGAACUAAUGGUCUCUGUGAUGUAAUAUUGGGGGGAAUGGGGGUAAUCGGAAUCAGAAGAUGCUUGUAAAUGUUUUGGCGUCUUCUGUUAGUAUUUUUUUUCUUUUGUCUGAUGAUGAAUUCUGAAAUUUGGACUUGGCCCAAUUGUCUGGGCUUCAUUUGAGUUC